CAAUGGAAUACCUACGUGUCUGGCCAACAACUACAAAAGCUGCUCCCUGCUCUCUCUACCAAUUCAGUUGCUCCAACUCAAUCGGUCCAUGUCCAGCGUCCUUGCACGGGCUCGACUGCAGCUAGUACACCUGACCACGAAGUCGAAACCGCAAGCAACACCCGCGCAAUCGGAAUCCACCAUGUCAUCGGGCAAAGGAACCAUUACAGAUUGGGUCAAACCGGGCGACACCUCGGGCGAGUUCAAGAGACAGGUUUCGUCGUUUCGGAAUUGGAUCUCGAGUGACCCGAACGCUGAGUUCCCGGCGGAGAAAGGGAGAUACCAUCUAUAUGUCAGCUAUGCAUGUCCAUGGGCACACCGAACACUCAUCGUGAGGAAACUGAAGGGGUUGGAAGAGAUCAUCCCCUUCACCAGCGUGCACUGGCACAUGGCCGAGAAAGGCUGGCGCUUCGCGACCGCCGACGAACAAGUGCCUGGUGAAAAUGUCACCCCGGAUCCCCUCCACCCUAACAACACCCACCUCCGAGACCUGUACUUUUCCGCCAACCCGAACUACGAAGGCCGCUUCACGGUGCCCACGCUCUGGGACAAGAAGAAGCAGACGAUCGUGAACAACGAAUCCUCGGAGAUCAUCCGGAUGUUCUACACCGCGUUCGACGACAUCCUGCCCGAACAGUACAAGAACGUGGUGCUGUACCCGGACGGGCUGAAGGACAAGAUCGAGGAGGUGAACAAAUGGACGUAUGACGACAUCAACAACGGUGUGUACAAGUCCGGCUUCGCCACCACCCAAGAAGCCUACGAGCGCAACGUGGAGCAACUCUUCAAGUCGCUCGACCGCACCGAGGCCAUCCUCGCCGAAUCCGCGUCCCGGGGCCCCUUCUACUUCGGCGCCCAGCUGACCGAGGCCGACGUGCGGCUGUACACGACGAUCGUGCGCUUCGACCCGGUCUACGUGCAGCAUUUCAAGUGCAACAUCAAGGACAUCCGGAGCGGGUACCCGCACCUCCACCGCUGGCUGAGGCAUCUGUACUGGACCAUCCCGGCGUUCGGGGAGACGACGCAGUUCGAACACAUCAAGAAGCACUACACCAAGAGCCACAAGCAGAUCAACCCGUUUGGCAUCACGCCGGUGGGACCCGUGCCGGAUAUCUUGAAGGAAGAGGAAGAGGUGGGCGCGGUGAAGAAGUAGCAGCCCCCGGAGCGAGAGGGAGAUGGGGCGUCAGGAGGACGCCAGGGAGGCAGUGCGUGCGUGGGGGCGGUAAUGUUUAUUGGAUAUUCUGAUACCUAUCUUGGACGAGGUCACUGAGGAGAGAUGAAACAACAACUAACAGAGCAUAUCAUGUACCAGCCCCUUGGUCGAAUAAAGGUUCUAUUUAAUUGUGACUCUGCAUAGCCGGCAAAGAGAGAAAAAAGUUCUUGGUUGUUGCGAAUUCUUGCGUGAUGUAUUCCGGCAACGCUGAUGAUCGACUCCAGGAAAAAACUCUCCCUUCUUACAUAGGUCGAUGUCGACGAGCGCUCUCCCGGAACGAGACAGAUU